UUAACAUCUUUAAGGAUUUUCUAAUAAGCAUGGUAUGCCAUACCGGACCGAACCUAGUGAUACGGGGCGUACCGUACCAGUUUAGUACCGGUACUUGGUACGGAUGACGUACCGAUACUCAGUACAUAUAAAAAAAAAUGUCCGAUACUGUACUAAUAUGGCACUGGUAUGAAGUCCGGUACCGAGACGGCGAACCUUGCUAACAAGUGUGGAUUUGAAAAUUGAGAGGUUUAGGGUGAUUGUCAGCUAAUUAGUUAAUAUCUCUAUAAUAGUUGGAACAAGGUCUGCUGAUUAUGACAUUUGUGUGCUUAACCCUUUCACUCUAAAAUUGAUCCUUUUUAUUCCAUCGCAUUUAGAGGCCAAUUAACAUCUUCAAGCAUGGGCCAUCCUUGCAGAGGCCUCGCAUCCUAGCGUGCGCUCCAAGUGGCUGUGUGCUCAUACGCUCAUUCCAAUUCAUUACCUAAAGUACACGCAGAUCCACACCAACCCAACUCCCAAACAACGCAAAUGUAUUUUACUUCAUCAUCUUCCAUCCAUACACCACAAGUGUUAACUAAGCUUGCUUUCCCUCCUUGAUGUAAAAGUGAGUGCAACAAAGCUAAUUGGUAGGUCCACCCAGCCCAUCCUCCUCCUCUCCUUCUGCCAUGUAUAUUAGAGAACCGUGUAUGUAGUUCCUCUCAAGUAUAUGUAACUCCAGCUCCAAACCGCCAUCGUCAUCAACAACACCAUAAGAACACCUCCUCUUCCUCUUUCUCAUCCACCUCCACUGUAUCACGGGCCACCAGAAUUAACAAGCCAUGCGACCCCACGAGCCCGAGUCCGGGGGAGGCCACCCAAAUCCUCAUCCAAAUCCUCAUCGCACCCCGCAUGCCACCGCAGUGCUCCCCGUCGUUCUUAAGUUCGAGGAGGUGGUGUACAAGGUGAAGGUGAGCCACCGCGGCAGCAAAGGCCCAGGGCCAUGCUGCUGGGGCAGAGGAGGUGGUGGUGGCCCGGCGGAGAAGACGAUACUGAAGGGUAUCACGGGGGUGGUGUGCCCGGGGGAGAUGCUGGCCAUGCUGGGCCCCUCCGGCAGCGGCAAGACCACCCUUCUCACCGCCCUUGGAGGCCGCUGCCUUGCCGGCAAGCUCUCCGGCAAGAUUACCUACAACGGCCUCCCCUUCUCCGGCCCCAUGAAGCGUCGCACUGGCUUCGUUGCCCAGGACGACGUGCUCUACCCGCACCUCACCGUGGCCGAGACGCUGGUCUUCACGGCGCUGCUCCGCCUCCCCCGCUCGCUGGACCGGGCCGAGAAGGUCCUUCAGGCCCACCAGGUCAUGGCCGAGCUCGGUCUGACCCGGGUGGCCCACACCAUGAUCGGCGGGCGCCUUGUCCGUGGCGUCUCCGGCGGGGAGCGCAGGCGGGUCAGCAUCGGCCUUGAGAUGCUCAUCAACCCAAGUCUGUUGCUGCUCGACGAGCCGACGUCGGGGCUGGACUCGACGACGGCGGCGAGGAUCGUGACUACGCUGAAGCGGCUGGCGACGGAGAGAGGCAGGACGGUGGUGACGACGAUACACCAGCCGUCGAGCCGUCUGUACCACAUGUUCGACAAGGUGGUGGUGCUGUCGGCGGAGGGGAGCCCGAUCUACUACGGCCGGGCCCACGCGGCACUCGACUACUUCGCCUCCAUCGGCUUCUCAUCGCCCCUCACCCUCAACCCCGCCGACCUCCUCCUCGACCUCGCAAACGGGAUUACACCGGAUUCCCCGCGUGCAGCCGAGCAUGGAGAGGCCCCCGGUAGCACGGAGCGGGAGCAGCAGGCGGUGAGGGAGGAGCUCGUCUCCGCCUACGACCGCAACAUCGCCACCGGAUUAAAAGCCGAGCUCUGCAGCGUCGAUCCAACCAACUACGGCUACACCAGAGAUGCGGCCAUCGCCGCAAAGAGAGAUCAAUGGUGCACAAGCUGGUGGGAGCAGUUCCAGGUGCUGCUGAGAAGGGGGCUCAAGGAGAGGAGGUACGAGGCCUUCAACAAACUUAGGAUCUUCCAGGUCCUCAGUGUGGCCACCCUCGGAGGGCUCCUUUGGUGGAAAACACCGCCGUCCCAUAUCCAGGACAAGACGGCAUUACUCUUCUUCUUCUCGGUGUUCUGGGGCUUCUACCCUCUAUACAACGCCGUGUUCACCUUCCCUCAGGAGCGGCCCAUGCUGAUCAAGGAGCGGUCCUCCGGCAUGUACCGCCUCUCCUCCUACUUUCUGGCUCACACCGCCGGCGACCUUCCCAUGGAGCUCGCCCUCCCCACUGCCUUUGUCCUCAUCAUAUACUGGAUGGGAGGCCUCGAUCCACGUCCCACAGCCUUCAUCCUCUCCCUUCUUGUUGUCCUCUUCAGCGUCCUCGUCUCCCAGAGCCUCGGCCUGGCCAUGGGUGCCCUCCUCAUGGAUGUCAAGCAGGCCACCACCCUUGCCUCCGUCACCACCUUAGUCUUCCUCAUCGCCGGCGGUUACUACGUUCAGCACAUACCCCCCUUCAUUGUCUGGCUCAAGUACUUGAGCUACAGCUUCUACUGCUACAAGCUCCUCCUCGGCGUCCAGUUCAGCGAGACCGACUACUACGAGUGCUCGCCGGGAGUCAUGUGCCCGGUGGUGGAGUUCCCUGCAAUCAAGUCAGUGGGACUCAGCAACAUGUGGAUGGACGUAUGCAUCAUGGCGCUCAUGCUCGUAGGGUACCGGCUCGUCGCUUACCUGGCCUUGCAUCACCUGCAGAGCUGGUAAGGAAGAGGAAGCCACCAUGUCCAUCUUGCAUCCUCUAUAGAUCGCCUGCCUUGACCAAAAGACACACAGUGAGCAUCAAUGAGCCAAAGAACAAUAACGUCGAGUCGUAGAGACACAGAGGAGACCAAUAAUCAGAUGCUUCGAUCUUUUUCAUUGUGAGAAAGUUGCCAAUGAGUACAAUCCACCAGCAUGCAAUGCAUUUUAGGAGAGUGCAUGCAAAAGUAUAAUCAAAUUUUGAUAUUAUUAUGCAUGAAUAAGAUUAAGUACAAAGGUAAUCUGUUAUCAGAAAUCAUGGCACAGAAGAUGCUGGUUCUAUUGCUUCUGGUAGCCAUAAAAGUUGAUAGAGCUUUUCAGCAAUAAAAUCUACUUAGUUACCA